UCAAAAAGUUUUCUAGAAAGGUUGAUGUGGGUUCUAACCAAGAGCUAUGUGAAUGAGCAGUUUGAGAGCAGAACCUCCAGCUUCCUUCUCCAUCCCCUAGCCAACUCAUGAUUGCAACCUCAUGAGAGAUGCUGAGCCAGAAACAGCCAGCUAAACUGCUACUGAUUUCCUGACCCACCGAAACUCAUGGAAUUCAUCAGCAACCAGAAAUGAAAGCAUUUGAAAGCAAAUUUUAAAAUCCUGCUAACCAUUGAAUUUGACCAGCAUUCAUUGUGACACUAUUAUGCAGUUAUCAUUACCCUAAAACCAAGAAGCAUAUAUCAUAGGAUUCCUGCAAAGAAACUGAAAAGAAAACAAAUUAAAAUACAGUAAGUGCUAAAAAGGACAUGAAGAGAUCUUUGGGGAACAUAUCUUUGUUGGGAAAACUUUAUGGAGAGAGAUGGUUGAUUAACAAAUGAAGACACCCCAGAUAGGAGGAAGCCAUGGCUUUGGAGCAGGUAACAUCUAAAGGGACUGGUUUAAAUCCUAAUGCCAAAGUAUGGCAAGAAAUUCCUCCUGGAAAUCCUGAUGCCACUCCUGUGACUCAUGGAACUGAAAGCUCUUGGCCUGAAACAGCAGCCACAUCAGGGUCUCAGACUGAGGGCAAUACAGAGCUUUCGGAAGAUAUGUGUAAAGAAUAUGAAAUAAUGUAUCCUCCAUCUUGUGAAACUACAAGAAAUACUGCUGUUGAUGAAGAACCAACUGAGGGAAUGAUUUUAGGACCUGAAGAUAUGAGUUACCAAAUAUAUGACAUUUCUGGAGAAAGCAGUUCAGCAAUUUCUACAGAAGAUCUAAAAGAAUGUCUGAAGAAACAAUUAGAAUUCUGUUUUUCACGAGAAAAUUUAUCAAAGGACCUCUACUUGAUAUCCCAAAUGGAUAGUGAUCAGUUUGUCCCAAUAUGGACAGUUGCCAACAUGGAAGAAAUAAAAAAGUUGACUACAGAUCUCGAUCUAAUUCUUGAAGUGUUGAGAUCAUCUCCAAUGGUACAAGUUGAUGAGAGGGGUGAGAAAGUGAGACCGAGUCAUAAACGUUGUAUUGUGAUUCUCAGAGAGAUUCCUGAAACAACACCAGUAGAGGAGGUGAAAGCUUUGUUCAAAAAUGAAAACUGCCCCAAAGUGAUAAGCUGUGAGUUUGCGCACAAUAGCAACUGGUACAUCACCUUCCAGACAGAUACUGAUGCACAACAGGCAUUUAAAUACUUAAGAGAAGAAGUUAAAACAUUUCAGGGCAAGCCAGUCAUGGCAAGGAUAAAAGCCAUCAAUACAUUCUUUGCUAAGAAUGGUUAUCGAUUAAUGGAUUCUGGUUUGUAUAGUCAGCCCAUUCAAGCUCAAGCACAGUAUGCCUCACCAGUCUUUAUGCAGCCAGUAUAUAAUCCUCACCAACAGUACUCGGUUUAUAGUAUUGUGCCUCAGUCUUGGUCUCCAAGUCCUACACCUUACUUUGAAACACCACUGGCUCCUUUCCCCAAUGGUCAUUUUGUGAAUGGCUUUAACUCACCAGGAUCUUAUAAAACAAAUGCUGCUGCUCUGAAUAUGGGUCGGCCAUUCCCAAAAAAUCGCGUGAAGCCUCAUUUUAGGUCAUCCAGUGGCACAGAACACUCAACAGAGGGCUCUGUGUCAUUGGGGGAUGGACUAUUGAACAGAUCUAGUUCAAGGAACUUUGCACCUGAACUGCAUAACCCUACAGUAACAGGGCAUCAAGAGCAAACUUACCUUCCAAAGGAGUCUCCCAACUUACUGAUGGAACAAAAUGGGGACUAUGGUAGGGGCAGGAGAACUCUUUUCAGAGGUCGAAGACGACGAGAAGAUGAAAGGAUCCCAAGACCUCAUCCUUCGGCUGAAGCAAAGCCUCCAGCACCAAAGUUUGACUUACUAGCUUCAAAUUUUCCUCCUUUACCUGGGAGUUCAUCAAGAAUGCCAGGUGAACUCCUUUUGGAGAAUAGAAUGUCUGAUGUCGUUAAAGGUGUCGGCAAAGAAAAGGAGAAUGAAGACUUGAGAGUUAGUUGCCCAGACCCUGAAGAAGAUGAGCAGACAGAGUGCACUUCAGCCCAGCAACUCAGUAUCAGUACCAGUCCUCCACGUGCAACUGAGCUUCCUCUGUUAAGCAUGACUCAGCAAGAAAAAGAUACAAUAGAUGAUUCCACUGAUCAGAAGGAUGUUAUCAAUCAGAUAACUACACCAGUUUCUUCCCCGAGUACUGCAAAGCCAUCAAGAGCAAAUACAGCUUUACCAUGUAAUAGCAACAUAAAUGUAACCGCAGCUGUGCCCCUACAGGAGCCCCGAAAGUUAAGUUACGCUGAAGUAUGCCAGAAGCCCCCUAAAGAGCCAUCUCCAGUUCUUGUGCAGCCACUACGAGAACUUCGCUCCAAUGCAGGGUCUCCCACCAAAAACCAAGAGAAUGGAGCUCCUGAGAAGUCUGUCGAGAAACCACAUGAGAAGCCAGAAGCAAAGGCUAGUAAAGAUUAUUCCGGCUUUCGAGGCAAUACCAUUCCCAGGGGAGCAGCUGGAAAAAUCAGGGAACAGAGACGCCAGUUUAGCCACAGGGCUAUACCUCAGGGAGUGACUCGACGCAAUGGCAAAGAACAGUAUGUGCCACCCAGAUCACCAAAGUAAAAACAAACAAACAAAACUACUCAGAAACAUUCUCUCUUCCCAUUAAACUUGAGCCAUGACUGUUUGAACUGUUUUGGAGGGGAGGGAGUAGCCAGAAAGGAUAUGGAAAGUAUAUCCUUAAAUCAUUAUGGAUUUUGGAAUUAUGAGCAGCAGGAUCCCAAAAUUCAUCUCUAAAGUGAUUUUUAAAUGCUGGAGGAUUCCAAUCAGUAUAAAUAUACAUAUAUAAAUAUAUUAUAUACAUAUAUAAAAUAUAAUUUUUCUAUUCUUGUUUUUUAUUUUAAUUUGCAGAGAUUUUUCUGCCUGGAAUCAAUUUUGAGGGUUCAGAUUUAGCUUGGGGGAGAAACAUAACAUCCUUCAGUAUAGGAGAUGAGGGAAUGAGAGAAAAUAUUUUUUGAAGAAACAUUUCUGUAAAAAUUCGAAUUACUUUUUUUAAUCUAUUUAAAGUUUGGCUUAGAGAGUACCAUCUCUGACUAUAUGGCCUUGUGUUGCAAAACAGAUCGGUGGCUAGGGUGUCUGGUGUGGGUGUGAGUGUGUGCAAGAGUGAUUUCAGCCAAAUCUGUUGUCAUGUUUGAACAGUUUGAAAACUGAAUGUAAUACUUGAGAUUUUUUUUUAAUUUGAAAUUUAAUUUGUCCUUUUGACCUUAAUAAUAUUUCAUUCAGCAAGCUGUUAAGGCGCACUGAUUGUACUUGGAGUUGUGACUAGCAAUCAGUUUGAUACUCAAAGAAUGGGGUUAUUAAAUUUUUUAAAAUUUCAUCUUUGAACUGAAUAGGUCCAUGGAUUUCGAGAUUUAAACUAUCCCAUGAUUUCCACACCCCUCUCCCAAAAAUG